AUGGCUGCCCGCACGCUGGAAGCUCGCUUUGAGCACAUGACGGUGAACGACGAGAACGACGACGUCGGCCGGACGUAUCAGAAGACCAAGGCCGUCCCAUCCUCGUCCCAGACGGCGAGGCCACAGUACAAGGUGGCCCUGCAGAUGCAGAGCGCCAACACGUCGGCGGCGGCCCACCAGCGCAAGGCAGCCGCUACAGCCACGGCAUCGACGACAUCGUCGCCACCCAAGGCCAAGAGCCGUAGCCGGGCAGCACCGCCGGCGGACGAGUCGACGACCAAAACCACGACGGCCGAGUCCGAGGCCCCGGCUGCAUCGCCGUCAGUGGUCGGGCCACCAGCCACAGCGGCUGCCUUUGCGCAGCCGCGACAGUUCCACCUUGGCAUGUUCGAGAUCGGCCGGCCGCUCGGCAAGGGCAAGUUUGGGCGGGUGUAUCUCGCGCGCGAGCGCAGCAGCGGCUUCAUCUGUGCGCUCAAGGUGCUCUACAAGUCGGAGCUGCAGCACGGAUCCGGAAUGGAGAAGCAGGUCCGCCGUGAGAUCGAGAUCCAGAGCAACCUGCGCCACCCCAACAUUCUCAAGAUGUAUGGCCACUUUUACGACAGCAAGCGCAUCUUCCUCAUCCUCGAGUUCGCCGGCCGCGGCGAGCUCUACAAACAUCUCCGCCGCGAGAACCGCUUCCCCGAGUGGAAGGCGGCCCAGUACGUCUCCCAGAUGGCCGCCGCACUCGGCUAUCUCCACCGCAAGCACGUCAUCCACCGCGACAUCAAGCCCGAGAACAUCCUCGUCGGCAUCCACGGCGAGCUCAAGAUCUCCGACUUUGGCUGGAGCGUCCAUGCCCCCAACCACCGCCGCACCACCCUUUGCGGCACCCUCGACUACCUCCCCCCCGAGAUGGUCCGCAUGUACUGCAGCGGCAGCGGCAGCGGUGGUGCCGGUGCCGGCCGCGAUAACUCGUACGACGAAAAGGUCGAUCUCUGGAGCCUCGGCGUCCUCACCUACGAGUUCCUCGUCGGUGAGGCCCCUUUUGAGGACACCACCGUCAUGACCCAUCGCCGUAUCGCCCGUGCCGACAUGACUAUCCCCGCCUUUGUCAGCCCCGAGGCUCGCGAUCUCAUCAAGAAGCUGCUCGUCCUCGAUCCCGAGAAGCGCCUGUCGCUGGACCACGUCCAGCAGCACCCGUGGAUCCUGAAGCACUGCGUCAAGGGCGAGCGGGCUACCGCCCGCGAGAGUGCCAAGGAGAGCGCCAAGAACUAG